AUGGUGGAUGACUCUGCACGUGCUCGACUGGACUACCUCUGGGCCGCUGCAGUGGCUGAUAACGAUCGGGCGUUCCACACGUCCAAGUCACCAGCCGUGCAGAACUUUGUGGAUGCGGCUGUUGCCUUCGGGAAACAGUACACCCUCCCAUCCCCCUUCAGGGUUUCUGGUGUGCUGCUUCAGAAACUGGUGGCGGAUACCGAGGACCUCGUACGUCCCCUGAAAGAGAGUUGGAACACUAGCGGCUGCACCAUCUCCGUGGACGGCUGGACCUGCAUGAAGAGCCGUGGGCUCGUGUGUGUCAUAGCCCACAAUGACACGGCGCCUGUCAUUCUGAAGACCGUGGACUCCAAGACCGCGAAGAAGACGGGGGAGUACUUGGCCGGCCUCAUCCGGCGCUCGAUCGCCGACGUUGGAGACAAGAAGGUUGUCCAAGUGCACAGGGUGGUUAUGAUCGUCAAGGGCAGCGCGUCCGCCGUCACGCUCUUCCACGAGUUGUUUAGCACAUUAUCCUUGGUGCGACCCAGUGCAACACGCUUCGGCACGCAGGUUGUCAUGCUUACCCGCUUCCUGGAAGUAAAGAGAGCGCUCAAAGAGAUGGUGAUAAGUGAGGAGUGGGAGGCGGUGGCGGUGGCACGGUCUGACGAGGGGCGAGCUGUCCGCCUGCUUCUCUUGGAUGAGGUCUUUUGGGACUGCGCGACAGCGGUCCUCCGCCUCAUGACUCCCAUGUACGAAGUGCUGCGGGUGGUUGACACGCGUGCUCUAGUCAUGGGCCAGAUCUAUGGCCUCAUGCUAGAUGCCACGGUGAAGACAAACGAUGCGGCAGAGGCGGCAGCCAAAAUGAUGCUGAAACGCACAUCUCUCUUGCCGGCCAAGGACAAGCCGGCCUUUUUGUCCGCCAUCAAGGCUAUUAUAGCCAGGAGGUGGGACGUCCAGCUCCACAAUCCACUCCAUGCUAUUGGGUGGCUUCUCAACCCCCGGAAUCAGUACCUCGGGGAGGUGAAGAACGAUCCCGAGGUAAGGCUGGGGGCGGAAGCGGUGAUCCAGGCCCGUGGGGUGGAUGUCGCUCACCGCACGCUGAUGUUGACGCAGUUGACGCAGUUUCACCAGGGAAAGGGGCUGAUAGGGUCCGAUGACGCCCGUUGGGCAGCAACGGUGUUGGUGGCGAGUGGUCGCUUGACGGAGGCGGAGUGGUGGCUGAUGUACGGGGGGGAAGUGCAAGCGCUCAUGGGGCUAGCUGUGACGGUGCUGUCACAGCCAGUCACGUCAUCUGAGGUGGAACGCUAUUGGUUCGCCAUUGCACGUGUGCAGAGGCGGGACCGUAACCGCCUCACCGCCAAAAGGAUGAUGGACGCGACUGAGGUGGCGUUCGCCAGGAGGGCCAGGGAUGCAUUCGAUAGGAAAUCACGGGAGAGGGAGAAGCUUUAUGCCGAUCUGGCCAACGGCACCCUCAAGCAAGGGUCUACCAUUGAACCGUCAGCAGCAGCAGAGGAAGAGGAAGUAGAGGACGAGGAGGAGGGAGAGGGGACUGAGCAGCUAUGCACCAUUGAUUGGGACCUUUUCGGGAACAUUGGGAAGAUGAAGAAGAAGGUGCCUAAGUCCGCUAAAAGGAAGAGAAACGGGAAGGCCAAGAAGCUUAACAAGGGAAAGAGGAAGGCAACAUCUGUGGGAGAGGAAGAGGGUGAGGAGGAGGAGGCGGCGAAUAGCAGUGGAGGGGAGGAGGAGGAGGUGCCCACCAAGGCUCGAAAUGGCCAGGAUCCUUGGGACAUUAGUGACGGGUCUAGUGGGGAGGAAGAGGAGGAGGCGGAUGACGAUGAGGAGGAGGAGGAGGAGGAGGAGGAGGAGGAGGAGGAGGAGGAGGAGGAGGAGGAGGAGGAGGAGGAGGAGGAGGAGAAGGAGGAGGAGGAGAAGGAGGAGGAGGAGGAUGAGUAG